AUGCCGCCGACAGUCCCUCGAUUCGUGGCCGUGCAACUCCCACCUCCUUUCCUCCUUCCUCGAACGCUUCUCGGAAAAUCCUUCAACGGCGCUCAGAGAAGAUGUAUGGGCAUUCGCUCAAUAGACCGACAGCCAAAACACAAUCCCUACAAUGUCGUGCCUGGCAUUCAACCACUUCUUUCCACACCUGCCGCGGCCUUUGAACGAAAGCUGCGAUCAGACACGCUUCCUCUCCGGUCUGGAGCUCUAGCAAUCAAAAAGGGCAUGACCGCGGUAUAUGAUGUCGAAUCUGGGAAGAGAAUACCCUGUACAGUGCUGCAAUUAGAUCGAAAUCAGGUUGUGAGCCACAAGACGCGGAGGAGACAUGGAUACUAUGCCGUCUGUGUUGGCAGCGGCACGAUCAACCCCAAGAACGUGGCAAAGCCCAUGCUCGGCCACUACUCUGUCCAGGGCGUGAGCCCGAAAAGAUUUCAACGCGAAUUUCGAGUCCGAGGGCCAGAAGGACUGCUGCCCGUAGGAGAAGUGAUCCGGGCUGACUGGUUCAUGGCCGGGCAGUUUGUGGACACUCGGUCAAAUUGCAAAGGCAAGGGUUUCGCAGGCCCCAUGAAGAGAUGGGGCUUCAAGGGCCAGCCGCGAAGUCAUGGUCACUCUCUCAGCCACAGGUCGCAUGGUUCAGUGGGUCCGAGUCAAGGGGGUGGUAGUCGUGUCUAUCCCGGCAAGAAGAUGGCCGGAAAUAUGGGUGGUCAGAGGAAUACGGUGCAGAAUUUGAAGGUCUUGCAGGCGGAUGCAGAGAAUGGGAUUGUCGUCGUGCAUGGUGCUGUGAGUGGUCCCAACGGAUGUCUAGUCAUGAUCCAGGAUGCGUUAAAGAAACCUUGGCCAGAAGUUCCCCGGCUGCCGACACCGUCCAAGGUUGAUACACCGGUGGUAGAGGCAGAGCCUGCGAAGAUCCCUGCAUAA